UAAAAUCCUUCUGCACACCGCCAACCCAAACGGCAAAUAUCUGUGUGAGUGAGCCGGGAUCUUAAAGUACACGUCGCACCAUGUCGACACAUGCUGGCUCAUAAGCCAACCGGUGUGACCAGUCAUGUUACUAAUACUAUGCCAUCGAACCGUCUCCACCAUACACUUCCUUCACUUACAAAAACCCUAAACACCGCGUUCGUCUCGGUGAACUCAUGCGAUUACUGGCGUUCUGGAAGACAUGCGAUAAGGUAAACAGCCGCACUCGUUAUCGCCUAAAACUCAAAGCAACUCUCGGUAUGGGAAGAGGAAAGGUCGAAUUGAAGCGGAUCGAAGACAAAAGCAGCCGUCAAGUCUCCUUCUCCAAACGACGGAAUGGAUUGAUGAAGAAAUCUCAUGAGUUGGCCGUGCUUUGCGACGUCGACGUCGCUCUUUUCAUCUUUUCCGGCAGAGGCAGGCUCUAUGAGUUUUCGACCGGUGAAAGCAUGAGCAAGAUUCUGAGCAGCUAUCAAAGCUACAAGAAGACAGAAGAAAUUACCCGCAUGACCCUACAAGAGAAGCUUGCUUCAGAAUAUGGGGAUGCGUGUACUGUUGAUGAGCUGACACAUAUAGUCCAACGCCAUCUGGAAGAGAACAAUAUCAAACAUCUAGAUAUAGCUGGUUUCAAUCAGCUGGAACGACAUUUGAGUAACUUUCUCCGCCUAGUCAGAAUCAGGAAGACACAGCUAAUGAUGGGAGUUGUCAAGGACCUGCAAGAGAAGGAAACACAGCUGAAAAAAGAGAACAGCAUUAUAAUGAAGGAGAUUGAAGCAGCAAGGAUGAAUGAAAAUGAGAUGGACGAGGAUUCUGGUGAUGCUGCAGCAGAAGCAGCAGCAACACCUCCGUAUACAGACUUUCAGGUCACCUGGUGAUGGUUGGUUGUUUUUGAAAAGGCAAAAUAUCUCUCCCAUCAUUUUGCGAUGUGUUAUAUAUAUAUAAUAUAUAUAUACUAUGAAGGAGAAAGUUGAUUUGUUUUUCAAGCAGUGAUGGUUGUCACCUUCUAUCUUUGCUGUGGCUAAUAAUGCAGUGAACUCUUUAUUCCUGGUUGUAUUUCUGUUUUUGUCCCCUACCCACACAACUACCUUAAAACUGAAGUUAAACAGCAAACAGCCUUGUAAAUUUUACCCCUCUAUACUGUGUAAUGAGUUUCCAGUGUAUGCGAGUAUGUGCUUGUUUGUAUGAACCAUAUAA